AUGGCUGUCAUCAAGGCCGAAUUAGCCACCAAAUCUGUGGAAUACAAUAAUGAAGCUUCCAUACUGCUUGAAUUCAAAGGAGAACUGCCUUACAAGCUGGGCCCUGCGAAUAUGUCUUGUCAACAUUGUGGGGCAUUACAAUGGCCUCAAGAGCAAACAAAUUAUGAGGCAGAUGGUAAUAGCAGCAUUUUCUCAAAUUGUUGCAAACAAGGAGAUGUGACAAUCGCGUUAACUUUUUUUGAAGGAUGUACGCCGCCUGAAGAAUUGAUGGAUCUAUAUGUUGGGAAUGACCCCCGUACCCCAAUCUGUUUGUUUAUGAAUGGACUCACUAUAACUGAUGUCCAUUAUAGAUUCAAGGGACUUUUGAAAGGACAUGUUGGUUUACAACAACUUAGUCUCUUUUGCAUCUCUUGGGUCUCAUGUUGA